UUCCCCACCGACUCGCCUUCGCCAACGGAUUCGUGUUUCAAAAGCGAUCUUGGCGUGCGGCAGAAGUGAACAAGUGAAUCACGGCGUCCUGGAAAAAUUCGGUUUUCUGUGUGAAAUUCGCGCUAAAUCAAGACAAAAAUUACAGAAAUGGCUCAUCUGGAGAAGUUGCAGGAGAAAAUUGAAGGGAAUAUUGGUGAGAUAACACGCAAGAGUCUCAACAUUCUAAGAUCUCUGUGGGCCGAGCAAUAUGAGACAAAACUGUGCGAGGACAACAUCGCAGUGAUAGUAGAACACGUUCAGAGCUUCUUCGACGAGAUCAUUGAGGAGGCAAGGAAGAAAAGAACAGUAAUCCUCACUGACAUUGAAAACUUGCAAAAGGAGGCGUCGAACAUUCGCCGCCUCUUACAUGUGGACUUCCAGUUGAGUCCCGCCAAGGAUACUCCGCUGCACAGCCUCCGGGCCUAUCUGGAUGAGAGCCUUAGGAAUCUGCGUGAACAAUUGCGUGGCCGCAAGGAUGAGAUCUACGAGCUACUUAUGCAGCAAGAGGAACUCUGUGAAGAGCUGGGCGAGGAGUGUCGAGAGCUUGUGGAUGAUCCUCUGCCAACAGCUGAGGAUUUGCUGCGCUUCCGGGAGUAUCUCAAGUCGCUGAGUGAUCUGAAGGAGUCAAGAAUCGCCGAAGUGAUCAAAAUGCGUCGCGACAUCAAGAUGAAUCUGGUGGCUUUGGAGAUCACUCUGAUGACGGACGCAGACAAUGCCCUGGUGAACGGUCCUUUCCUCCUGACCAAGGACGGCAUAACUCAGUUGCGCGAUAUGCAGCAGCAUUUUGCAGAACUCGGGCGAGAGCUCAAGACGUCCAUCGAGUCCAUUCACAAAAAGCUCACAAUUCUUUGGGAUUACUUGGAAGUUGGUGAUGAGACGCGUCAGUCCUUCGAGAUUUACACUGAAAUAUCUCAGACUACUCACGACAGACUCAAGGAUGAGUUGAUAAGAUGUGAACUGGCGAAGAAGCAGAACAUCAAGAAGAUCGUGGACAAGAUUCGCGAUGAGAUCCGCUUCUGGUGGACUAAAACACUCAAAUCGGAUUUGGAGAUGUCGCGGUUCACAAAUUUCACGUCCGAACUGUACACGGAGGAUUUACUGACGCUGCACGAGAUGGAAUUGGAGGAGCUGAAGUUUCACUACAACAGCAACGAGCGCAUCUUCGAGUUGAUCUCGGAGAGGAAGACGCUGUGGGACAGAAUGCUGGCUCUGGAGAAGAGCGCCUCCAAUCCGAAUCGCUUCAACAAUCGUGGCGGUCAGCUUUUGCGUGAAGAGAAGGAGCGCAAGACGAUUGCAUCGAAGCUGCCGAAGAUCGAGGCGCAACUCACGGAGCUCGUGCAGGCGUAUGAAGGGACGAAUCACAGAAAGUUCACGAUGCACGGCGAGGUCGUUGAAGAUGUGAUUGCCAGUGACUGGGAGAAGAGGAAGCUGGACAAGGAGAAGGUGAUGAGCGCCAGGAAGAUGAUCAAGAGCACCACACCCACGCCUUUUGGACACUCUCGUUUGCUCACGCCGAUGCCGAGUCGCUCAAAUCUCACCGCUUCGACGACGACCAUCGCGAGGAACAAGUCGAAAACUGUGGGAGCAAAGCCUGCAAUGACCACAGCUGUGAAGCGCAAGAUGGGUCAGCAUCCGGAUGAAUCCAGAGCUAAGAGGAGUAUCCUGAAGGAUCUUCGCAGUCCUAAUGUGUUUGUCAGACCGAAGACCGUCGUGAAGCCGACCAAGAGAGUGGUGCACAAAGUAAUUGCGACUAUGCAAAAUAGAGAAGGGAAGCGACGAAGCAGCGGGAAAUAUCGCAUGUCGAGUGGAAAGAUUGUUAGCCGAGGAUCUCUUCCCAGAAUCAGAAUCAAUUCUGAGAAUUUGGAUUCUGAUUCUACUUCUUACGAGUGCUUUGAGACAUACUUGGGCGAUCGUUCGCCCUGUCGAUCGUCGAUUCUCGAGAAGGGCCCUGUGAAGAAGUUGCCGACGACGCCUUCCAAGCCAUCGACGUCCAAGCCCGUGAGUGGCGUAGAGCAGAAGUCGAUGCUGGGACAGCGCACUCCGUCCCCAGGGAAGAAGCUCUCGACAAAGAAUCUUCCCAUAUUAAUAUGAAUGUCCAGACUGUGUCUUUCUGUUUAAAUCCUUGAGGAUUAAGUAUUUUUAUAUUUGUACCUUCAUUAUGAAUUAAAAGCAA